UUUACUAGGUAAAUCCAUGCCGGCAAGAGCCAAGGCUGGUCGCUUAUUGGUCUAAAUAACUGUCACUCAAAUAAUAGACGGACGCGAUUGGUGAAGCAAGGACAGAAGCCGCGUCAUCAGCCGGCCGCAGCAAGAGGCGGGGCAAUGAUGAAACGAGGUGAGGAAGCAGCGCGUUUAUUGGUGCAGUCACAGCCGGGGGGCGGGGAAAUAGGAGGCGAAGAGAGUUAUUGGUGCAGCCGCCCGUCGAUCACAGAGGAGGCGCCUGUGAUUGGGCAAACGGGUGGAAAGCUCGCUUGUGAUUGGUGCGAGGAGCCGUCAGUCACAUCGCGGCGGCGGGGAGGCCGACCGGCGCUGAGCGAGGCGGCGGCGAUGGGGUCGGAGGCCGGGCCGGAGUCGCUGUGCGAGCGGCUGGACGAGCAGCUGCUGCGGUACCUCGAGGAGAUGGAGCAGCUGAACGACCGGAGGGACCAGCUGGAGCGGCUGAUGGAGCAGGGAUGGUUCUUGCUUUCCAAAGCUCGCUAUUCCAUGGGAAACAAACGGGUUUCUGCUCUCCAGUAUGGCCCAGAGAUGGUACCUUUGGCUCGUGUCGACGUCAGUCAGGAGGACGACGGCCACUACAGCUUCCGAGUAGAGCGAGUGGACUCCGGUGACGUGCAAACGGUCGGGGCUGUCGUGGACGAGAGUUUGGAGAUGGAGGAGAUUGGACCCAAAGAGUGGGAGGGAUCUCCACUCGUGAGGAGGAGAAGACCCAGGGGGAGCGGGGAGGAGGGGCAGAAGGCGCCCCCCGCUGACGGGUUGGUGGGCGGCUCGAGGGCGUCAACCAAAGAUGGCAGGCGCGUGGCUCAGCAGGGUGCGACACUGCCCGCGCAGGAGCCGCUGAACUGGUUCGGCAUCCUGGUACCGCAGAGUCUGCGGCUGGCUCAGGCCUCCUUCAAAGAGGUUGUGAAGCUGGCAGCUGAAGUGGCAACUCUCCACAGCAGACUGGCGAGCACCAAAAAACAGUAUCAGGAUCUUCUGCAGCAGAAACAGACGCUGGUCGGGCCCCAGGAAGGGUGACGUGAGGAGGCUGCCACCCCCCCACCCCCCGUCUCCGCUGAACUAUCUCCCUGCCUCUCACCUCCAGCCGCUGCCCUGGUGAUCCCUGCUCCGCUCACUUGGGUUAAAAAUCCACUCCUGGCGCAGAGGAAGUUUUAAAAACCUGCGUUCUGCAGGUUCCACCGGAGCUCGACGGAAAACGUCUUCAGCAUUUGGGACAAAAAUCUGGGAUGGGGGUUUGUGGGCGUUCAGCUGGCAGCUGUAAUGAGCUUGCGUGCUUUAAGUCCGGGAUCUGAGCCUCAGUGGAGUGCAGAAAUCUUUUGUGUUCUGAAUCUGUCGCUGGGGGACAUGGCUCAAGUGGGGCUACUCUCUCCCAUCAGGGUUGGUGGGGGGGGGUUACGGCUCCAAGCUUCCUCUAUGCUGUCCUUUCGAUGUGCCCGGGACGGGUGUUGCACCGGCCGGGUGCGGAGUGAAGCGCUCCCUGCUCCUUGCCUGGAAGAGGGCCGGCUCUUGGAUGCCGUUGCCCUUGUACCCCCCCCCCCCCCACGCCCAGCGCUCAUCAGUGGGCUGGUGUCGCGCGACUUGAGUCCCGGACCCCACCGAUGAAAGACUGGGGUGUUCUGGGCGCCCACGCGGGACAGGAAGACGAGCGCAGAGAUUGCGAGCAUUAUCGGCAACGUGGCCGCUCUACGUGGACGACGCUUGUGCGGCCGGCUCUGAUUGUUGCGGGAUUUAAUCUUCCGCAGCCAAAAUAAAUAUCGAGAACCUGG